AGUUUUGAUUUCCAGCUCAGUUGGCGAGGUACUAAAGUUGUUGAUUUCCGAGGCGACAGAAAAUAUUUGUUUUGCGUUGUACUUAAAACAUGUCAGAGGUGAAAAAAGACGUAUUCCGUUUUGUAACCGAUCAUCGCUCUAUUGAGCAGUGGACACUACGAUCCAAAAGUGUCAAUGUAGAAGUUAUCUCCUUAGGUUGUGUAAUAACCUCCAUUAAAACCCUUGAUCGGAAUGGACAAGGGUCGGAUAUAGUGUUAGGCUUCGAUGAUCUUGAAAGUUAUCUCAGUAAUCCACGUUACUUUGGAGCUGUGGUGGGGCGAGUUGCUAAUCGUAUUGCCAAAGGCAAGUUUAUUAUCGAUGGAAAGGAGUACAAAUUAGCCACCAAUAAUGGACCCAAUGCCCUGCAUGGUGGCAUCAGGGGCUUUGAUAAGGCAGUUUGGACCAGUGAGGCAGUGGCUAAUGGAGUCAGAUUCAGCCACAUUAGUCCUGAUGGUGAUGAGGGUUACCCUGGCAACCUAAAAGUUUCUGUUACCUACACGCUGGAGGAAAACACACUGUGUGUGCAAUACCAAGCCCAGACUGACCAAACUACAGCAGUCAACCUAACCAACCACUCUUACUUCAAUCUGGCUGGACAGGGCACACCAGACAUUUAUGACCAUGAGGUGACCAUCUCAGCAGAGGCCUACCUGCCUGUGGAUGACACCAUGAUUCCCACAGGAGAGAUUAGAUGUGUGGAUAAUUCAUUCUUCGACCUGCGCAAGCCUGUUGUUCUUGGGUCUAGACUGAAGGAGCUUCCUGGCCAUGGGUUUGACCACAACUUCUGCCUUUGGCAUCUGGGUCAACCAAAACUAGAGAAUAAAUGUGCAAGAGUGGUGCAUCCUGGGACAGGGCGUGUUCUGGAGGUGAGCACCACCCAACCUGGCAUUCAGUUCUACACCUCCAAUUUCCUGGAUGGGACACUUAAAGGGAAAGGAGGGGCAUCAUACCCCAAGCACAGUGCUUUCUGUCUGGAGACCCAGAACUGGCCAGAUGCUGUUAAUCAGCCCCAGUUCCCUAGUGCUCUGCUGAGACCAGGAGACAAGUAUGCACACACCACAUGCUACACUUUCUCUGUAGCUUAAUGUGUUAAAACACACACAUAUCUCUCGCAACAUAGAUUAUUACAUUAAGCUUGCCAUUAGGACAGCAACAAGUUCACUCAAGGUAAAAUGUGUUCCAUAAAAUAACCAGAUAAAAACAAGAACUUACUUGCACUUUUUUUGGUUAAUUUCUAGAAGACUGCAUCUUAUGUUCCAUCAAAUCUCACCUUACAAUACACAGAUUUAUGACUUCAAAAAAAAAACAAAAAAAACUUUGCUAAUUAAUCUUCAGUUGAUUAAUUUGUGUACAUUCAAGAAAGAUGGUCUUUAUCCUGCCUUAAUGAAAAAGUACCCAAUCAGAAA